UAAAUACAUUAUUGCUAUACGCGUACGACAAGUACAAUCUAGUGAUUACUCACUGCCGGUCGCAAACAUUUGUACCAUAGUGGCCUCGGUUCGCCGCGUAUCGGACGUGUUUGUUAGCAAAUUAUAUAAUGUUGAAAAAUCCUCUUUAUGUAUACGGUCCGGAGGACAGACAUGUGCCCGCCAAAUUAAACGCCGGCGAUUUUUUCUUACAAAAAAUAUGGGAGCACAAAGAUAAAGUCUCUAUGAUAAAUGGAGCGACUGAUGAAAAGUUAACAUAUGGGGAGAUCGCCCAAGAGGCUAUGAACCUUGCAGUAUCUUUGGUGAAAAUCGGCGUAAAGAGGGGAGAUGUGAUAGCAAUAUGCUCAGAGAAUCGCCGCGAGUUUUGGAGUUCUGUUAUUGGAGUGAUCUGUGCUGGCGGAGUUGUUACCACUAUCAAUACAAGUUAUACCAAAGACGAACUGAAACAUGUAAUGGGAAUAUCGAAGCCUAAAUUUGUAAUCUGUUCACCAUUUUCUUAUAAAGCGCAAGAGAAAAACUUCAAGAAUAUAGAAGGCAUUAAAAACUUGAUCAUCUUUGGCGAGGAGAUACCAAAGAACACAUUGUCUUACAAUGCCUUAGCUAUAGUUGGAGGUUCUAACUCGAUGCUGAAAGAAAAUGUCAAAAUAGAUGAGUUUGAAGCAAUAGAAGUAGUGGGAAAAGACGAUCUGGCUAUGAUUUUAUAUUCGUCAGGUACAACGGGUCUACCAAAAGGUGUUAUGAUAACACAUUUGAAUGUUGUAACAGCUUGCUCUCCGACAAUGGAGAUGCCGGACAUCGUGGCACUGACAAUAACGCCGUGGUAUCACACUAUGGGUCUUAUGAGCCACCUCAUAGGAUUCGUAAAAGGGAAAAUGAGCAUAUAUCUACCGAAGUUUGAAGUUGAACAAUAUCUACGGACCAUAGAAAAAUACAAGGUAUCUCAACUGUCGGUGGUGCCACCAGUGUUAGUUGCACUUUGCAAGUCACCAACUAAGCAUGACGUGAGCUCCGUCAUGAUUGUGGUUUCGGGCGCAGCGCCUUUGCACAAAGAAACCGCGGAUGCAGUGCUUAAAAGAUUCCCAAAUGCGCAGGCAGUGUUACAAGGAUAUGGAAUGACUGAAGCUACUCUAGCGGUUUCCAUAAAUACCAAUCCGGAUAAAAAAGCAAGCGUGGGACAAGUUACCUCAAACAGUGUUGUUAAGAUCGUCCAUCCAGAAACGGGUAAAGUUUUAGGACCAAAUCAAGAAGGAGAGGUACGUGUUAAAGGUGUAAUGUUAAUGAAAGGUUACAUAGGAAAGAAAAAGCAAGAUGAUUUUGACGAAGAAGGAUUCUUUAAAACAGGAGAUAUCGGAUACUACGAUGAAGAUAAAUAUUUGUACAUCGUUGAUAGACUAAAGGAACUCAUCAAAUACAAAGCCUAUCAGGUUGCUCCAGCAGAAAUAGAAGCAGUGCUACUUAAGCACGAAGGUGUACGCGACGUUGGAGUGGUGGGCAAGCCGCAUCCUUCAGCCGGCGAGGUGCCGGUCGCUUUUGUUGUUACUCAGCCUGAUUCAAAAGUCACUGAAGCUGAACUACAGCAGUUUGUCGCUGAACGGUUAUCAAACACAAAGCAUUUACGAGGAGGAGUAAGGUUCAUCGAUGCUAUACCAAAGUCGGCUACUGGAAAAAUUCUAAGGAAAGAUCUAAAGAAAAUGGUGAUAUCUUCGAAGAGUAAAUUGUAACACGGUUUAAUUAGUGUCUGUUAAAUUCUGUAAAAACAGGUGUAAUUAAAUUAUUUUUUCUGAUGCAAUUUUCGUUAUCCAUCAGAAACUAAACACGUGUUCACAUUUUAAAUUUUCUAGGAGUAAAGGUGAAGGUUUUUUUUAUAUUGUUUGAUGCAACCAGUUAACAAUACUUUCAUUAGCUUUAAGACGUUAUACGGUGAAUUGUUAUUUGUUAUAAAUUGUUAUAUAUUUUUAUAA